AGGCAGAGCUUCAUCAUGCCCAGCCCAGCGCUGCUGUGUUGCCUGGUCCUGCUGGCCGGGGUAGGAGCCAGCCGCCACCAGAGUGCCCUGUCUGAGGACAACUGCACCCACUUCCCAGCCAGCCUGCCCCACAUGCUUCGAGAGCUCCGAGCAGCCUUCGGCAGGGUGAAGACUUUCUUUCAAAUGAAGGACAAGCUGGACAGCAUAUUGUUGACUGGGUCCUUGCUGGAGGACUUUAAGGGUUACCUGGGUUGCCAAGCCCUGUCGGAGAUGAUCCAGUUUUACUUGGAGGAGGUGAUGCCCCAGGCUGAGAACCACGACCCAGAAGUCAAGGAGCACGUGAACUCACUGGGGGAAAAGCUGAAGACCCUGCGGCUGAGGCUGCGGCGCUGUCAUCGAUUUCUGCCCUGUGAGAAUAAGAGCAAGGCGGUGGAGCAGGUGAAAAGCGCCUUCAGUAAGCUCCAAGAGAGAGGUGUCUACAAAGCCAUGAGUGAGUUUGACAUCUUCAUCAACUACAUAGAAACCUACAUGACAAUGAGGAUGAAGAUCUGAAAACAUCCAGGAUGAGGACUCUUCUCAACUCUAGCACAUAAGUUGGAGAUCUGAAAAUCCCAUCCGGGAUGUAGGAGAGCUGAACAACUCCUUGGAGAACCCUGUCGUACCUCUCUCUUAAAAUAUUUAUUACCUCUGAUACCUCAACUCCCAUUAUAUUUAUUUACUGAGCUUCUCUGUGAA